CUCCAUCAUAUAUUGGUGAGCCUAACAUAGAUUUUGUGCAAACCUUAAUGAACACCACCCAACAUUCCCCAACUCUUUCUUCUUCUUCUUCAUAAACACCGAAGCUUUUUUAUGUUGAAGUUGGGCAAGAAACCUCUCCCAAUGAUAGGAAAGCUGUCAGAAAUGUUGGUUUCGGGCAACCGUGCCGGGUUUCUCGACGUGGGGUCGAGCCCUAGAGGACCACUAGACCUCAAGAUGCAAUCUCCUUCUCCGAGUCCUAGAGGGUUGAAGAGCUAUGAUGUUGGUGGUGUUGGCUUGGGCAUAGUAGCUGCCUUGGAAAAGUCGAGUCACAAUGGACGUGAGAUUCUUGCAAAGUAUUGUGUUUGUAGUCACAGUUCGAACCGCUCCGACCCGAUUCCGGUUAACUCCGGUCAAAAAUCCGAUACAACGGGUCUUCAUGAACUUGAGGAAGAAGACAGUGAGGAGAAUUAUACCUUUGUGACUUGCCAUGGAAGAAACAAGUCCAUCACCAAGGUCUACUAUGAUGGAGUUGUUCGUACUGACCACCAUGUUAGUUUUGAACCCUGUCAUGUUAACCAUAACCAUAAACAAAAACAAGCUCCUGUGUAUCCCACGUCGGAUUUUCUCAGCUCAUGCCAUUUGUGCAGCAAAAAGCUUCAUGGCAAAGAUAUUUACAUGUACAGGGGAGAGAAGGCAUUUUGUAGCACAGAGUGUAGAGCAACACAGAUCAUGAGCGAUGAGCGCAAAGAACAGUGCAGAUCAGAUGCCUCAAGAAGAUCUGCAGAUGUUUCGAGCUCGCCUUAUUCGAGAGAUCAGAUCUUCUUCUCUACUGGUAUUCUUGCAAUUUAGGAGCAAACAAAUGCAACAAAGGCAGCAGCAGAGUACAUAGACGGCUAAUAACUAUCUAUACAAAAUAUGAGAUUUUAUCAACUUGAUCAGCUUUUAUUUGACCCAACCGACACCCUGAGAACAAAAGAAAAAUGGGAAAAUUUUGAUGUAUCAGAUCGACCUUACAAGAAGUGAUGACAACCUUAACAUUUUUGAAUAAACUGGCAAAGUUUAUACUUUGAUUUCGGUUUCGGUUGGAUUAUUGAAGAAAACAAGGUUGAAUGCUACUGUUUACUGUUUCAGGUAGCACCUAUAAGAAUUGAAUUAGCUACAUGUAGUAAUCGAGAAUUGUGAUAAUAAUUUAGCAAAUGCAUGAUCUGGUAUUAAGCUAUUAGGCUAUUAGCAGCUGCUUGUGUAACAUCAUUCCUGUCAUAGUGUGUGUCCAGAAGUAUUUCUUUUCCAUUUUUAGGAGAUGUUGCAUAUGAGGUGAAGGUAAGCAAGUUACUUGUGAGGAAGGGAAUGAAGCUUGUAUUACAAUUGAGUUUAUACUCUGAUUUCGGUUUCGGUUGGAUGUAUGGAGAAAGAAAAGACGGUAGCUACUGUUUGGUGUUUCAUGUAGCACCUGAGAUGAUUGAAUUAGAUAGUCAUCAAGAGCAGACUUACCCUUUCCAAUUGGUGUUGUCUCCUAAUAAUGGAAAAGAAAUAUAGUUUCAUCCA